ACUAAUCAAGGAGAGAAGCAACCUGGAAUUAAGGAGAAACUUUCUAACAGUGAGAACAAUUAACCAGUGGAAUAAGAUUGUUUUUAGAGGUUGUGCGUGCUCCAUCACUGGAAGUCUUGAAGAAGAGAUUGGACAGCCACUUGUCUGAAAUGGUAUAGGAUCUCCUGCUUGAGCAGGGGGCGGGGUUACUAUAAGACCUCCAAAGUCCCUUCCAAUUCUCUUCUGAUUGAUUUAUAUAGCAAAUGGAUUUGAUAUAAAGGAGAAGGGAAGCAUCACUCAUUGGAAAAAGAGAAAGCUUUGUGGUGAUUACCCAGUGCAUACAUUCAUGUAUUCUUGGCAGUGAUACAGAAGUGAUUUGCCACUGUCUAGUCUCAAUAUUUGUUUUACUUUUCACUCUAGCUAUCAACUAGCCUGCAAUCCUGGGAUUUCCAUAUAGUGAAUUCAUGCCAUCAGUGUGCAUGACACUUGAUAAGGCAGCCCCAAGCUGUUUUCAAGGAAAUUAAGACAGAUGAAAUCAGGGACAGAGUGAAAAUCCACAUUCAACUGUAUGAGAUUUUUACCCUGCUCUUCUUCAGAAUCGCAACUCAUUAUAUAAUCAACAGAAGAACAUUCUAGCUUCAAAUAGUAAGAAUGGGCCACUUUAAAACUGUGGAUUAUCCAUACAUCGAUUUGGUUUUCAUAGGAUAUUGUUUCCAAAAUCUGAUCUGGGGAGAUUUCGAUCUGUCUGACUUUUAGAGGGAGAUUUGUAACUUUCAGGAAAUAAAUAUUCCAGAAUUGGAAAUGGCAAAAUAAAUAUUAGAAUGUACAAAGUGAACAUUGAAAUGGCUUUUCUUGCUCAGAACAGAGAUUUUUUUUAAUGCAACAAAAAUAGAGAUGCAAAUAUACAAAUUCCUUUAGAUCAUCAAAUCUUCCAAGAUUUAUAUCUUCUCAUACAUUUCAAUCAUUUUGAGAAAUUCAAAAUUGACUUAUUUCUGGGAUCCAAGAAGCAUCUAAGAGGGGUCUUCUGAGCCAUGGCACCCCCCAAGUGAUACAUAGCUUAUAUAGUAGUUCUCAAAAGUUUUCCAAGGACAAAUUAACAUUUCCAUAAAGUAAAAAGUUGGCUCUGAUAUUGCAGAGGCAGAAUUGUAAGGAGUUGUUCAAAUGCUUCACAGAAAAGGGAGGGUUAAGGAAAGAUAGCAAGGCAGAUUUUAAGAGGUCAGGAAGGCAGAUCCGUGCAAGAGAGACAGUGAGGGAACAAGAUGGAACUGAUGACAUUUGAACCAGCAAGUCAGAAUAUGAGAAGCAAAGGUCAUGCAAUCACAAAGAACUAUUGGGAUAAGAACAAUAGAGGCAUUCGAGGGCACAGUAAGAACUGAAUAUCAAUGAAAUACAGGGCUACACAUUAGAUUUUUAAAAACGUUGGAUCCAGCCUACCUUAACAGGACAAUCUUUCUGUUCCUUUCUUGAAAAAGAAAAAAGAGCUUUUUAGGAAGAUGAAAUAGGCCAUUUUUUUCUAAGUGCACAGGUAGUUCUCAAUUUACAACCAUUCAUUCAAUGACUUGUUUCAAAAUGACAACAGCGCUGAAAAAAGUCACUUAUGACUUCUCCUCACACUUGUGACCACCACAGCAUCUGGUGUCGUGAUCAGAAUUCGGGCAUUUGGAAACCAGCAUGUAUUUACAAUUGUCCCUGGUUCAUGCAAUCACCAUUUGUGACCUUUCCAGCCAAGCAAAGUUAAUGGGAAAAGUAAGGACUGUAUGGUUCACUUAACUCCCAUCUUGGUUAAACACAGAAAUUCUGGUCCUAACUGAGGCUACCUGCACUCAGGAUUUCUCCCAGACAAAUUUUUUAUUGAUUUGCAACCUUAGUUCCAAUGGGUAAAAUAACCAUGAUGUAACUCUGUUUAGGAGAGACACAUACAUCACAGCAGCCACUGUAUUCCAGCGAGAGGUUUACUGUUCUGUGAAUGAACAAAAUGAGAAUAUAUUUUCUACCACUUUCUCGCCAUUGCAUAAACUUUUUAUUCAAAGUUUUACUGAUUACCAAAUCAAGCAGCCAUGCCACAGUAAUAGAAUUACAUGAUUCAAAAUUAAGCACUGGAUUGUCAUGUUGCAGUGAAAAUGAAUGAUCAGAGUGCACAUUGGCCAAGAGGCCACAUUUUAAUAUUCCAGUACCACAGAAAACGUUGCUGCUCUAAUUAUAACAGAUUUAUCUCAAGUAGAAGAUUAAAAUAUUACUAAGACACAAUUAAUUAUUUUAAAAAUGCUACCCCACCAUCAUGAUUUUUAUUGGAAUUCUGCCUUUAGUUCCCCAUAGACGUGGAGCAGGAUAGAGCAGGUUGUUUCCCUGAAUGGAGCCAGUAGCAUUUCUGCUUCCCUUUGAUAAUUCUCUAUCUUCUGAAGGAAAUCAGCUUGGUUUUCCUCCUUCCUGUUGCAUUCUUCUUCCCUUGGGGUGCUGAAUGUGGCUUUGGCUGGUUUCUUUGCCCUGAAGGAUUAACAAUUCAUCUUGAAAGGCUGUUGGCUGGAAAGACUUUGAAGGCCUCACUCUUGAGGAAGAAGCCAAUCCUGUUGAUGGCUCUGGCCACACCCUGGGCUUCCAGAUAAAUAAGCACAAUAUCCCCCACUUAACGUAGGCCACACUUUCUAGGCACAUAUCUUGUGCCUGCAACAGGAGCCGGAUAAAAGUCAUUCCUUGGGGGCUUGAAGGCUUUCUGUUGCUAAUGCCAUCUUUCCAAGAAAGGGGGAGAAGCUUACGAGGAGAAAUCAAGAAAUCCCAGGUACAGCAGGUUGACAAAAACUUAUAAAGAGCUCCUGCACCAUAGUCUCUCUUGUUAACACCUCCCCAGGAUUAGCUUGUUUUGCACAGCAUCCAGGCUGGGCCAUCAAUUUCCUCUAGUUGACCUCACCUUGGCCAGGACAACUCCCCAUACCUCAGAGAUGGGGGUGGCCAAAGUCAUCCGGCACUUCAGUGGGGGUGACGGGGCAGGAGAACUCCAAGAAGAUGGGUCAGUGGAAUCCCCCCAAAACUGCCACAACGGCAAGCUCGUCACCAUCCAGCCACGCAGCCGUUUUGUGAAGAAGGAUGGCCACUGCAACGUGCAGUUUGUCAACAUGAGUGAAAAGGGUCAGCGGUAUCUUACUGAUAUGUUCACCACCUGUGUGGAUAUCCGCUGGCGCUGGAUGUUUCUCAUCUUCUGCCUUUCUUUUGUGCUCUCCUGGCUUCUCUUUGGCUUCACUUUCUGGCUCAUUGCUGUACUUCACGGAGAUCUUGCACCUGAGCACCCUCCCAACUCAAGGCCUUGCUUCUCCGAGGUCACCAGUUUCAUGGCUGCCUUCCUCUUCUCCUUGGAGACCCAGACGUCCAUUGGAUAUGGCUUCCGUAGCGUGACAGAGGAAUGCCCCUCGGCUGUCCUAGCUGUGGUCUUGCAGUGCAUUCUGGGAUGCAUCAUUGAUGCCUUCAUCAUUGGUGCCAUUAUGGCCAAGAUAGCCAAGCCAAAGAAACGCAAUGAGACCCUUGUUUUUAGCGAGAUUGCUGUGGUGGCCAUGCGAGAUGGAAAGCUCUGCCUUAUGUGGCGUGUAGCUAACCUGCGGAAGAGCCACCUGGUAGAGGCCCAUGUCCGGGCCCAGCUGCUGCAGCCUCGUGUGACCCCUGAAGGCGAGUACAUUCCCCUGGAUCACAGUGAUAUUAAUGUGGGCUUUGAUAGUGGCACUGACCGCAUUUUUCUGGUCUCCCCUGUGACCAUUGUGCAUGAGAUUGAUGCAGAAAGCCCUCUUUAUGAGUAUGGUCCUAUGGAGCUGGCCAACGCUGACUUUGAACUGGUAGUCAUUUUGGAAGGUAUGGUAGAAGCUACUGCCAUGACCACUCAAUGCCGUAGUUCCUAUCUGCCAAGUGAACUGCGCUGGGGACAUCGCUUUGAACCUGUACUCUUUGAGCGGCGUGGGCACUAUGAGGUUGAUUACCAGCACUUCCAUCGUACAUAUGAGGUGCCUGGAACCCCAGCAUGCAGUGCCAAGGAACUCAGCCAACGUAAAUACAGGGUCUCCCCCAUUGGAACCACUGCUGCUCGUUCUUCCUUCUGCUAUGAGAAUGAAGUGGCACUUACAACCUGUCAUGAGGAAGAGGAGGAGGAAGAAAGCCAGGGAAAACACCGAGUGAGUAUGGAGAAUGAAACAACCACUAUCACAUGACGUGAUUCUUGUCCCUCAACUGAGGAGAGCUGAGGAAAGAAGAGGUAGUAGCACCCAUAUCAGAUUUCACAUAGUUGGGCUAUUAAAACAAUUGGCCAAAGUACCACAUUUUCAUACUUUGACUGACUGUACUCCCAAAUCAAACACCUCAACUUGGUCAUUGCUAGAAGAAAUAGCAUGGAAUGAACGGAAGACUUUUCUAGAUCAUUUGUCUCUGAGGAGAGUUAAGGGGUUACAGAUAUACACUAUGUCUAUGUGAGGGGAAAGGGGAAGUUUUAGCCCAGGCAAACUUGCGAGAAAGAAUAUCCAUUUCAUGGACUUCAAAACAGCCCAUGUAUAACCUGAUGUUUGUAGUAAUACAAAUUAAGAUAACACUAAUUAGGUGGAAGUCUGAUGGAUCAACAAUAUGUUUACUGUAAGGAGCUUGAAAACUCUGUAAGAAGAUGCUUGAUGACGCUGUACUAGUGGCUGCCCCAUCGUAGCUGUCUCAUGUCUGAAGCUUCAGGAAACAAAUGGAGCAGCAACAUUCUGUGAACAAUGGAAAUGGUGGUUUAGGUGAAAUUCUACAGAACUAGAAUAUGUCUGGUCUAUAAUGAAGCAGUUCUGCCAAGUUUAAAGAUGUGCAUUUAUUUUCAGAGAUAGAAAUGAUAUAUCCACAGGGCAAUAACCUAAUCGUACACCCCAGGAAUACCACUUUUUCAAACGCAGAUGAGGAACCCUUUCCUAAUUAGUCCUGCAAAAUUAACUGGAAAUUCUUAACAAGUACACAUGCUGAGAAGUUUAUUAUUGUGGUCUGAUAAUACUUGGAAUAAAGGAGUCUUUAUAAGAAUGGGUAAUGUAGUGUACUGCAUAACAUACACAUGGAACUACAAAACAAGUGUUUGCAUUAAAAAUGCAACUUAACCUGUGA